CUAUUGGUGCCAAUCAUAUCGGCUCAGUUAAGUUUCUUUGACAACCGCUUCCCACCGGCUCCGGCCACCCGACGCACACUACUUAGAAAUAACGGUCAGUUUAGUAGUAGACGUAACGCAGCCCUACAACAGGCGCCUACGGAUGAGCCACAGAAUCAACAGAUUUCGCAAACACAUGAGGACGCCGUGCAAGAGGUGCAGGAGGUCCACGAGCCACAACAUGUGGACAGUCAGCCACCUAUAGUUCAGCAAUCAGUGCCAACACAACGUCCUCGCAAUGGUUUCGGCCAACAACCAGCUCCUAGUCGUCGGCCCACAACUGGCUUUCCUUCAAGAGUUCCUCAACAACAACAACAGACAGAGUUUGACGACACUAUCAGUCAGACACAUGUGGCCGUCGAUGAGGGAUCGGAUGAGAAUCUGACCCAAAAGCAAGACUCGGCGCUCACAGACAUAAGUAUGGAAGACGUGUCCACCGAAAGAGUCACUCCAGGCGUCACUUUCGCCUCCACUGAAGACACAACUGGCGAUGAUUUCACUCCAACAGCACCCGUACAGCGACCCAUCACUACCACCACAACAACUGGUAUUAGCGCUGGACAGAGAAAAGGCGGCUCCAGAGGACAGACGGGUAGUCGAGGCGUACAGAAACCAGUUUUAGGAAAUGGCAAAAAAGUUGUGACACAACAAAAACCCGUUCCCACCGGACGUCGGCCGUCAGCGCCGAGAGAUAGACAACAAGUAACACAAGUUGUGGACACUAGCGAUAGGCAAACUCCAGUGGACGAUACAACUGAUGCACAGCUCGAUGAGGGCGAUGUCAGAGGAGGUGUCAGAGAUGGACAGACAACAGUUGCCGAUCACGACAGGACUCAGACCAGUGGUGACUCCGGAGACGGUGGUCACGGGGGACACGAUGACGGACACCACGACCACCAUUCAGGCGAUCCGAUCCAAUGGCUUAGGGAUGCGGUGCGAGGAGAACCCGGAGCUGAUUAUCCCAUUUUCUAUACUCCGCCGGAAACUGGUUUCAAGUGUUCAGACCAACAGUAUCCGGGAUAUUAUGCCGACGUCGAGGCGCGGUGUCAGGUGUUCCACAUCUGUCAGGAGAACGGAAAGUCCGAUGCAUUCUUGUGCCCAAACGGCACUAUAUUCUCACAGCAGGCCUUUGUAUGCAUUUGGUGGCACGACUUUGACUGCAAUACUGCCUCCCAGUACUACAAUCUCAACGCACAACUCUAUACCGCACCCGAAACCAGUCAACCCUCGCAACCGGUAGAUCAAGAUUUUGAGAGACCCUCACAACCAGCGGCCGGUAUGAGACCUUCGGGCGGUCGUCCCGCAGCUCCUGUUGGCGGUCGACCCGUCGACUCGAUUGGUGGCCAACCCGGAGGACCGAGUGAUGAACGCAUUCAGAUGCCAAUCGACGAAUCGACAGAAGUUCAGGAACAGGACAUCAGAGAGGGAGGAGUGGACACCGAAUCACCUCAGGUUCAGACCGUCACCGAUGGCUCGCAAGAAGUGACGGCUGACGAGACGCCAGCUUUCGAAGGAAUCACCGCUACUCAGCCGCCCGUCAGAGCACCCAAUGGUCGACCGACUGGCGGUUUAAAAGGCAUUUCAAACGGAAGGGGGAGUAGUCGUCCGGCAAAGAGUGGCACUUCUGUGACCAAAAAGACGGGCCAAACAGCAGUUCCUCAGACGCGCAUUCCUAUCACUACUACCCGACCAAUCAGUGGCUCAAAAAAGACUCGUCCGUCGGUGACUAAUGGUCAGACAUCGAUUCCCAGCUCACCCGCAGAUAAGGCACGAAACGGUAUAACCAAAUCAGUCAGACCUCAAACCAGUUUUGGGGGUCAGAUAGGGUCGCGACCGCGCGCUGGCGUCGGCACUAAAUCUGCGUUUAGGACAUCUCAGAGACAAGAACUCGAUGGACAACAUUCAGCCCCCAAUUGGUACUACUAUUUCAAUCUAUAA